GAGACAGUCUUGUUCUGUUGCCCAGGCUGGAGUGCAGUGGCGCAAUCUCGGCUCACUGCAACCUCCACCUCCUGGGUUCAAGCAAUUCUCCCACCUGAGCCUCCCGAGUAGCUGGGAUUCCAGCGAUGCGCACACCAUCACGCCUGGCUAAUUUUUCUAUUUUUAGUAGAGACAGAGUUUCACCAUGUUGGCCAGGCUGGUCUCAAACUCCUGAACCCAGGUGAUCCACCCACCUCGGCCUCCCAAAGUGCUGGGAUUACAGGUGUGAGCCACUGUGCCCAGCCUUGGUCUUCUUUAUUUCUGGAGGCUAUAAAGCGUUCGCCUUUUCUGCACCCUAAUUUAUUUAACCAAAAUCUUACUGAUGGACCAAGGUGCAUCCAUUUUGUUGGUGUUUGUUAACAUGAGAAAUGCUGCAAGUACAUUGAGGAAAUUCCUAAAGCAGGAAUUGCUGGGUCAAAGGAAAAUUGUACUAAAAUGAAGAUGUUGCCAGAUGACUCGCCGAAAGAGCUGUAUCUGUCUAUACACUCGUACCAGCAGUGUGUAUUUCCUUCCCUAACAAGAGAAACUGUUUUAAAAAGUUUCACUUCUUAACAUUCUUGACACAUAAUUGUCAAAAUUGCUUUUCUAGAAAGAUUGUGCCACCUAGCACUCCCACUAGUGCUGGUUUCCAGUCUUGGAAAAUCAUACAGAUAGAUACUGUUUAUCUGAGAGUUGGUGGUUCCCAGAUAAAUAGUUGCCAGGGUUCUGGGAAUUGACGAACAUUUUUAUCUGUUUUUGUUUUUGUUUUUUUGACACGGAGUCUCGCUCUGUCGCCCAGGCUGGAGUGCAGUGGCACUGUCUCGGCUCACUGCAACCUCCGCCUCCCGGGUUCACGCCAUUCUCCUGCCUCAGCCUCCCCAGUAGCUGGGACUACAGGCGCCCACCACCGCGCUCGGCUAAUUUUUUGUAUUGUUAGUAGAGACGGAGUUUCACCAUGUUAGCCAGGAUGGUCUUGAUCUCCUGACCUUGUGAGCCACCGUGCCUGGCCGAACAUUUUUAUCUGGAUCACUGAAAUGAGGCAGAUUCGCAGCAGUAUUGGGGCCUUAAGAAAGGAGAGUUUGUGCUGGUACCUGCUACUGGAACUCUACCUGGAAGUAGCAGCAUCGCACUGCAUCUUAACACUUUCAGAGCAACUUCUGGAAGUCCUAGAAAUAAGACAGGAAUGGGUGGUCGACUCCCACCCCUUCCUAACCAAGGCAACCUCCCAGGCUUUCCUGUCCCAUCUUAACGUCUCUGUGAGAGGAAAGAAAGUUGCAAUCUUUACAGAAGAAACAUGAUCAGAGGGGUACAAAUGAAGGGUUCCAAUAGAGGGUGUGGGAACUGCAUGUCUGGGGUUUAAUACUGGCUCUGCAGUUUACUUAACACGUUAGCUUGGGCAAGUUCACGUCCUCUGUGCCUCAGUUUCCCCUUCUGUCAAAUAGGGUAAUAGUUUCUAUUUCAGAGUUGUUAAUAUAACAAAUUGUUUAGAAUCAUACCUGGCACAUACAAAGUAAGUGCUCAAAAGUUAUCUGUCAAUAACUUUUGUUAUGUUGCACGAGUGACAUUAUUUCUCAGAGUCUCUGUUUUUCACAUCUUUAUUUUUUCAUUAUUUAUUUAUUUAUUUUUUGAGAUGGAGUUUCGCUUUUGUUGCCCACGCUGGAGUACAAUGGCACAAUCUCAGCUCACUGCAACCUCCGCCUCCUGGGUUCAAGUGAUUCUCCUGCCUCAGCCUCCUGAGUAGCUGGGAUUAGGCAUGCGCCACCACGCUGGGCUAAGUUUAUAGUUUUAGUAGAGAUGGAGUUUCACCAUAUUGGUCAGGCUGGUUUCGAACUCUCGGCCUCCCAAAGUGCUGGGAUCACAGGUGUGAGCCAUCACGCCCAGCCUUUAAUGGAGCUGAUAUUUAAUAGGAUUGAAUGAUUACAGUAUGGGCAUCUGCGGGUACAAAAUCUGAAUUAUAGGAAGAUAAUGGGGCUCAUCUUUUCACCAUUGGGUCCCCAACCCCUGCUUUGCACGCAGUAGGAGGUGCUCCAGUGAACCACCCAGGGAAUGACGAGGUGGCGAGUGAGGAUGAAGCCACAGUAAAGCGGCUUCGUCGGGAGGAGACGCACGUCUGUGAGAAAUGCUGUGCGGAGUUCUUCAGCAUCUCUGAGUUCCUGGAACAUAAGAAAAAUUGCACUAAAAAUCCACCUGUCCUCAUCAUGAAUGACAGCGAGGGGCCUGUGCCUUCAGAAGACUUCUCCGGAGCUGUACUGAGCCACCAGCCCGCCAGUCCCGGCAGUAAGGACGGUCACAGGGAGAAUGGCGGCAGCUCAGAGGACAUGAAGGAGAAGCCGGAUGCGGAGUCUGUGGUGUACCUAAAGACAGAGACAGCCCUGCCACCCACCCCCCAGGACAUAAGCUAUUUAGCCAAAGGCAAAGUGGCCAACACUAACGUGACCUUGCAGGCACUACGGGGCACCAAGGUGGCGGUGAAUCAGCGGAGCGCGGAUGCACUCCCUGCCCCCGUGCCUGGUGCCAACAGCAUCCCGUGGGUCCUCGAGCAGAUCUUGUGUCUGCAGCAGCAGCAGCUACAGCAGAUCCAGCUCACCGAGCAGAUCCGCAUCCAGGUGAACAUGUGGGCCUCCCACGCCCUCCACUCAAGCGGGGCAGGGGCCGACACUCUGAAGACCUUGGGCAGCCACAUGUCUCAGCAGGUUUCUGCAGCUGUGGCUUUGCUCAGCCAGAAAGCUGGAAGUCAAGGUCUGUCUCUGGAUGCCUUGAAACAAGCCAAGCUACCUCACGCCAACAUCCCUUCUGCCACCAGCUCCCUGUCCCCAGGGCUGGCACCCUUCGCUCUGAAGCCGGAUGGGACCCGGGUGCUCCCGAACGUCAUGUCCCGCCUCCCGAGCGCUUUGCUUCCUCAGGCCCCGGGCUCGGUGCUCUUCCAGAGCCCUUUCUCCACUGUGGCGCUAGACACAUCCAAGAAAGGGAAGGGGAAGCCACCGAACAUCUCCGCGGUGGAUGUCAAACCCAAAGACGAGGCGGCCCUCUACAAGCACAAGUGUAAGUACUGUAGCAAGGUUUUUGGGACUGAUAGCUCCUUGCAGAUCCACCUCCGCUCCCACACUGGAGAGAGACCCUUCGUGUGCUCUGUCUGUGGUCAUCGCUUCACCACCAAGGGCAACCUCAAGGUGCACUUUCACCGACAUCCCCAGGUGAAGGCAAACCCCCAGCUGUUUGCCGAGUUCCAGGACAAAGUGGCGGCCGGCAAUGGCAUCCCCUAUGCACUCUCUGUACCUGACCCCAUAGAUGAACCGAGUCUUUCUUUAGACAGCAAACCUGUCCUUGUAACCACCUCUGUAGGGCUACCUCAGAAUCUUUCUUCGGGGACUAAUCCCAAGGACCUCACGGGUGGCUCCUUGCCCGGUGACCUGCAGCCUGGGCCUUCUCCAGAAAGUGAGGGUGGACCCACACUCCCUGGGGUGGGACCAAACCAUAAUUCCCCAAGGGCUGGUGGCUUCCAAGGGAGUGGGACCCCUGAGCCAGGGUCAGAGACCCUGAAAUUGCAGCAGCUGGUGGAGAACAUUGACAAGGCCACCACUGAUCCCAACGAAUGUCUCAUUUGCCACCGAGUCUUAAGCUGUCAGAGCUCCCUCAAGAUGCAUUAUCGCACCCACACCGGGGAGAGACCGUUCCAGUGUAAGAUCUGUGGCCGAGCCUUUUCUACCAAAGGUAACCUGAAGACACACCUUGGGGUUCACCGAACCAACACGUCCAUUAAGACGCAGCAUUCGUGCCCCAUCUGCCAGAAGAAGUUCACUAAUGCCGUGAUGCUGCAGCAACAUAUUCGGAUGCACAUGGGCGGUCAGAUUCCCAACACGCCCCUGCCAGAGAAUCCCUGUGACUUUACGGGUUCUGAGCCAAUGACCGUGGGUGAGAACGGCAGCACCGGCGCUAUCUGCCAUGAUGAUGUCAUCGAAAGCAUCGAUGUAGAGGAAGUCAGCUCCCAGGAGGCUCCCAGCAGCUCCUCCAAGGUCCCCACGCCUCUUCCCAGCAUCCACUCGGCAUCACCCACGCUAGGGUUUGCCAUGAUGGCUUCCUUAGAUGCCCCAGGGAAAGUGGGUCCUGCCCCUUUUAACCUGCAGCGCCAGGGCAGCAGAGAAAACGGUUCCGUGGAGAGCGAUGGCUUGACCAACGACUCAUCCUCGCUGAUGGGAGACCAGGAGUAUCAGAGCCGAAGCCCAGACAUCCUGGAAACCACAUCCUUCCAGGCACUCUCCCCGGCCAAUAGUCAAGCCGAAAGCAUCAAGUCAAAGUCUCCCGAUGCUGGGAGCAAAGCAGAGAGCUCCGAGAACAGCCGCACUGAGAUGGAAGGUCGGAGCAGUCUCCCUUCCACGUUUAUCCGAGCCCAGCCGACCUAUGUCAAGGUUGAAGUUCCUGGCACAUUUGUGGGACCCUCGACAUUGUCCCCAGGGAUGACCCCUUUGUUAGCAGCCCAGCCACGCCGACAGGCCAAGCAACAUGGCUGCACACGGUGUGGGAAGAACUUCUCGUCUGCUAGCGCUCUUCAGAUCCACGAGCGGACUCACACUGGAGAGAAGCCUUUUGUGUGCAACAUUUGUGGGCGAGCUUUUACCACCAAAGGCAACUUAAAGGUUCACUACAUGACACACGGGGCGAACAAUAACUCAGCCCGUCGUGGAAGGAAGUUGGCCAUCGAGAACACCAUGGCUCUGUUAGGUACGGACGGAAAAAGAGUCUCAGAAAUCUUUCCCAAGGAAAUCCUGGCCCCUUCAGUGAAUGUGGACCCUGUUGUGUGGAACCAGUACACCAGCAUGCUCAAUGGCGGUCUGGCCGUGAAGACCAAUGAGAUCUCUGUGAUCCAGAGUGGGGGGGUUCCUACCCUCCCGGUUUCCUUGGGGGCCACCUCCGUUGUGAAUAACGCAACUGUCUCCAAGAUGGAUGGCUCCCAGUCGGGUAUCAGUGCAGAUGUGGAAAAACCAAGUGCUACUGACGGCGUUCCCAAACACCAGUUUCCUCACUUCCUGGAAGAAAACAAGAUUGCGGUCAGCUAAGGGAGAACUUGCGUGGAAGGAGCAAUGCAGACACAGUGAAAUCUCUAGAAUCUGCUUUGUUUUGUAAGAACUCAUCUCCUCCUGUUUUCUUUUUCUUACUGAUAUGCAAAUGAUGUUUACUACGAUGGUUGUGACCACAACCUCAGGCAAGUCCUACAAUCACGAUUGUUGCUAUGCUGCUUUGCAAAAAGUUGAAAAAAUAAAAUGCAUACCAAAACAAAUACAGACUCUUUUUUUUUUUUUGAGAUGGAGUCUCGCUCUAUCACCCAGGCUGGAGCGCAGUGGCAUGAUCUCGGCUCACUGCAACCUCCCCAUUCUGGGUUCAAGUGAUUCUCCUGCCUUAGCCUCCAGAGUAGCUGGGAUUACAGGCAGGUGCCACCACGCCCAGCUUAUUUUGUAUUUUGAGUAGAGACUGGGUUUCACCAUGUUGGUCAGGCUGGUCUCGAACUCCUGACCUCGUGAUCCACCCGCCUUGGCCUCCCAAAGUGCUGGGAUUACAGGCGUGAGCUACCACGCCUGGCACUUUUUUUUUUUUUUUUCUAAUUUUGGAAAGAAGCGGGUCUUGCAAAGUAGCUUUGUUACUUGUAACAGACGUAUACAUAGAACCUUUGUACAACCUAGAAUGACUUUUUCCAAAGACUGUUACCUAUUUCAAGGUAGAAUCGUUGGAACUUACUGAACAACAGUGGAAAAGACAACUACACAGCCUCAUUGAGGGGAGAGGGGUACUGUCUACUUACUGGUAACUGGACACGGGUAAAAGGACAAGGUCUGUCAUCUCUUUAGGGACCUGUUUUAUAUGCCCCAACCCUGUCCCCAUCUUAUUAUUUGUUUUUUUUUGAAUGUACUUAAAAAAGGAACAACAAAAAACUAGGGUUGUAGAAUUAUAAAACUGCUUCAACCUUAGAACCUUAAGUAGGAGGCCCUCAAAUGGACUUACGUUAGUCCUUAGGGAGUCAAUGUGUGUGUUGCUGCUUAUUUAAAUACAGUUCAGUUGGAGCCCCGAGAGUGCCAAUGUUUUCCCCACACCUCUUGGAUGCCUUCCUCUUCCCAAACCCCAGAAGAGGUGGGCACCUGAGCGGGGAAUCUCAGGUGACUUAGUUUGCCAGUGCCUACUCUAUUGAAGAACUGGGUUUUCAUGCUCGAGAAGAAACUCGUGGAAGGGCGUGUUUCCCAUCACAGGUUCACAUACUGAUUGCUUUUGUUGAAUUUCCUUGGUGCGACUUAUGCCAAGUAAUUAUGAAGAUUUUUUGUUUUGUUUUCUUUUCUUGCUGAAUAUUUCAUGAAGGCUACGAAGUUAGAACAGGCACGUCCUGGGUGUGAAAGCUUUAAUUUAUCUACCUCAUUUAUUUUUUAUUUUUUGUAGCCAUAGUGUCUAUUUUCCUAUUUUAAGACCGCUGAAGUAUUCCCAGGCCCUGUCUAAAACCUAAGAGUUGAUGUAUUGGUGGGAAGAGGUGAACGUUCAAGAUGAUUUUGUGAUGCCUUUUUUUUUUUGUAGUUUCCUUUGUAAAUGUGAUAUUGAGCAAACGAAACAUUGCUCUUGGUUUAACAAGAAAGGUUUAACAAGAAAGAAAGAAAAAAACUCUAAUUUCUGGGAGAAAAGUCUUUCCCCUCUAUGUGGAAGGUCCUGACGGAAAUAUGCAUCCAAGACGAUUAGCCAAAGUGUUGUCUCUUCAUCGUUGCACCUGACUUUAGGAUUCCGCCCCCCUCUUUUUUUUUUUUUUUUUUUUGCCAAGUUGUGCCUUUCCUUCUGGAAUUGUAAGUGAACACGAUAAUAGUACCUGUUUACACUGUGAAGUGGAUAUUGUUACAGAAAACACACCAGUGGCUUUCUCACUGUUGAGCUAAUAAUGCCUUGUGAAUGUAUGAUCUACGGAGAAACCCCUGUAGUUGUACCUGCUGAUGCUGUCUGUCUGUUGGAAAAUAAAAUUUGAAUGUUUUUUUUUCUC